AUGGACGCGCUGAAUACCAUUUCGCUAGCUGGAAAUGCCGUCCAGUUUGUUGAAUAUGCGAUUAUUGCGGCGACCAAGGCCGCUCAGAUCUACCACAGCCCAAAUGGCAAAUUAAAAGAAGAUGCCGAGCUGGAAUUAAUUUCCAGCGGCGUGGAAUCUUCUCUGAAAAGCAUCUAUUCAUCUGAGGAUACCACCCAAGCGGUUAUCGUUCCAGAUGAGAUUUUGGAUGGCCUCAUCGAGCAAUGCGUUUCAAUAGCCAAAGAAAUCAAGGGCAUUAUUAAUGGCAGCAGCGCCAAAUCGCCAGGUGUCUUGCACGCUAUUAGUAAAACUGCUCAAAGACUCUCCAAGCAAUCUGAGUUGAUGGAGCUUCGCAGCAGACUACUCAUCUUACGUAGUGAAGUAUCCAGUCAUCUGAUAAUGCUUAUUAGGGAGGAACAGCUAAAGCUUGGAGAGGUUUUGCAAACUGUCGUAACAUCAAAUGAAGACAUGCUCCAAAACAUCAACGACAAAUACGCUGAAGUUAUGAGGUACCUUAGAUCCAUCUCACAGCACACACAAUCAAAUAUGGCAUCUACCGCAGAUCCGAGCGAUAAGAAGGGCGCUCACAGAUCUUCCGAGAAGGAGUUCAAAUCGAUCCAAAAAGAUAGGGAGUCUAGGAUCAAGGAUGUGUUUACGAUGAGUGUGAUGCAAGGGCCAUUUGACGCCAUUCUAGACGACAUAGAAAGGCGCGGCAUACAGAAGCAAGAGAGCAUCCUACAAACUUUGAACUUUAACCAAUUGCACGAACGAGAACUUGCAGUCGGUGAAGCGCAUCAAGGCACGGCAACGUGGAUUUUUGAUGAGACCAAGCCGACCAACUUUGUCAAAUGGCUUCGGAAGAGCAAUGGCAUGUACUGGAUCACGGGGAAAGCCGGAUCUGGGAAAUCGACUCUCAUGAAGUUCCUCACGGAUCACCCCAAGACGUUACAGUACUUGACGGAGUGGGCAAACGGCAAUGAUCUUAUAGUCGCCAAGCACUAUUUCUGGAAUCCGGGUACUACUAUGCAAAAGUCGCAAGAGGGGCUUUUCAGAGCACUUCUUCAUCAGAUCUUGGGACAGCGGCCAGAAUUGAUUCCCAUAGUGUGUGCCGAUCGUUGGAACGCUCCAUAUUAUGAACGGUCUUUUCCGUGGACUAUAAAACAACUGGCGGACGCGUUUCAACGGUUAGGUGGACUUGACAACGUUCGGUGGAAAAUAUGCCUUUUCAUCGAUGGUCUCGAUGAGUAUGAUGGUGAGCCUACGGACGUGAUAGACAUAAUCCACAAGAUUGGCGAAUCGGACAAGAUUAAAAUCUGCAUAUCCAGUCGGCCAUGGAUCGAAUUCUCCGAUGCGUUUGGGGGCAACCAGCCGAAACUAGAAUUGCAAAACUUCACGCGGGAGGAUAUACAACGGUUCAUCGAAGACAAGCUGCGCAAUAACGAUAAAUUCAACAAGCUUCGUGGACGCGAUAGAGCUGCAGCCGAUGGACUUGUGUUGAGCAUCAUAGAAAAAGCAGAUGGCGUGUUCCUUUGGGUCUUUCUGGUUGUUCGCUCCCUCUUGCGUGGACUGCGCAACGAAGAUGACAUUUUGGAUCUUGAGCGACGCUUGGGUCAGCUGCCAGAUGAUUUGUACCAAUUCUUCGACAACAUGCUCGGGGUAAUCGAAGAUGUGUACAGGGAAAGGGUGUCUCGGCUGUUUCUCACCAUGACUUCUGCCAAAGUGGCGCUGCCAAUCAUUACCUUUUACUUUUUGAACUUUGGUGAUGCGCCCCUCUCAAGAGAGCCCCUGCCAUUCUUGAGAGAAUGGCCAAUCGUUGACAAUGCAGAAGAAAAGGUCUUGGAGGUGAAGAAGAGGCAGCUGAUUGCCCAAUGCAAAGACUUGAUCCAUACUGUUUCUGAUGUCGAGGGCGAAGUGCUUUUUGCCGAAAAAGUCGAGUUCAUACACAACAUGGUUCUCAACUUUCUACACUUGCCAGAUAUAAACGAGAGGCUGUCUAGCAUUGCUGGCAGAAGCUUCCAUCCGGUCAAGGUUCUCUUUAAAGCGAAUAUAGGGCAGAUCAGGUCUCUUAUCCACCUCCAUCGGCUGAUGUACAUAAAACCAUAUCUUCAGCAAUGGAUAUUAGGCAGUUUAUACUAUGCCCAUUCGAUUGAAGUAAGGGAUGACACUGCAGAGAUUGAAGCGUUGGAUGAACUUGAAGAGAUUUUGACAGAGCAGUUCAAGAUGUGGAGUUUCUCUCAUGCUAUGGAAUAUCUAUUUGGCAUUCCGCAGAUUGAAUCGUUCCUGGAGCUGGCCUGCAGGUGUGAUCUUGCGCUAUACAUCAGCCAAAAGUACCCAGAUUACAACUCUAGUAAGCUUAAUGAGAUUGCGCCGAAUUGGAAGAUGCUAUUCAGCGUUCGGCAGCAGGGUACUUUUGUGCUUGACGAGAAGGAAACGAAAUAUGAUAUGAAGAGCGACUGGAGAUUGGGUCGGCAUCUUGGCCUCCUCUCGUCGCAAGUAAAAGAUAGAACGAGGGAGGAAUCAGUAAGCUUUUCAAGACGGCCGACGAUUUAUUCGGAACCUCAUAGCAUCGACUAUGCCAAGAAGAAGAACCGGUUGUCUGGCAAGUUUAAGAAGCUUUUCCGGCGAGAGUAGAUUGGGGCUUUAAGAUACCUUUACACUGGUUAGCAUGAUGAGGCCUAGAGUAUGGCGCUUUGUAGUAUAAGCGACUUUAAUUAUUAAAUCUGGAUUCCCGGCUAAAUGAAUCAGCAGCGGCAG